UUACCCGAACGUUAAACAAUACAUACAGGUCCCAGACUUCAUUACCGAUCUCAUACACUGAUCGUAAAAGUUAUAAUCCAACGUGUUUGUACGUUUUGAACUGAUCAUUACUAUUUGGUUACAUUAGCAGAGAGCACUAGUUUGUAUAAUAAUUUUAGAUACAGUAUUAAUCACAGUCAUUGGAUAUUAUUAAUUUCACACACGAAAGCGGCAGGUCAACCAAGUUUAAUUAGAUAUUGUAUUGUAUAUACAAGUCGCGAGUGUAUGCACAGGAACUUCUGCGCCAGAUUUCCGAACGAAAACAGAUAUCUAACUUGAACGACUUUGUUCAAAACCAAUCUCCAAAUUAGCAUGAAGAUCACACUCACUGUCGGAGCUACAAGGCAUCCAGUUGAGAUACCAGAAGAUGCUACUGUUAAAGACUUGAUGCAAACUGUUGUCGAAAAAUGUAAAAUAACCCCAGAGAAUCAGAAACUCAUUCACAGGGGUGUCACAAUCUCCAGUGAUCCGGAAAAACUCUUAACGUCAUGCGAUGUUAAAUCCCGGAGCAGAGUGAUGGUGAUCGGGAAGAGAUAUGAUGAUGGAGAAGAUGUUGCUCUUCACAACUUAGAAAUGAUUGAAAAAGAUGUCCGGAGCGUGAUGAGGACUUUUGACGAACUGCACGAACAAAUCGACAGUAUCAUGAAAGGGUUUUUGGAUGAGGAGCAUAAGAACAAAGCUUUUAAACAGAUCAAGAAGAAGUUGCUCACAUCUUCCCAUCUUCUGAUGCAGAGUCUUGAAACGAUGGAUCAAAUGGUCCUUGGUCCUGAGUUUUCAAAUGCCAGAAGGAUCCGUAAAACUAUGGUUGAUAAAAUUCAAUCUGCGUUAACUAGUUGUGAUAAGCUUGUUGCAAUGGUCGAUAAAUUUAUUGCUGUGUAAUAUUGACUGGGCUUUUGUUAAUAUAAAAUAAUGAAUGAAAGUCAGUUUUUGUUAUUUAUCACCGCAUGGGGGCAAGUUCAGAAAAACGGAAAAGUACAACAUAGGGUGCCAAUUAAAACACCGUGCUCGUUUAGCGUAACGCCCACAGUGGUAGCAGCUUCAAGCCCCGAACCAUCGAUCCUAUGGUAACGAGGAAGCGCGCUAAGCACGGCAUAAAAGAAAACAGUUAGCUUACGUAUUACAAAACGCCACGGCACAGUGUCAGUUAUAAAAGUAAGAUUUGUAUCAACACGAAACUUUAGGUAGGUAGUAAAACUUAGAAUACCGUUGUUUUACGUACAUAAAAAUGGUUUCUCGUACACGUUUUUGUGUCUUAUUUGUUUUGCCGCAAGCUACACAUGUAACAUGUUCAAGAAAGAAAAAUAUCCGGGCACUUUGAAACCAAGGUGCUGUUACAUUAGCGAUUGCAUUAGCCUAUGUCUGAUUAUCCAACUAUAGUGUACCAUGAACAAACAUUAAGGGCGCGCUUUAACCAUUAACCUGAAUACUUAUGGGGUCAGUGUUGCUAUAUGUUAGAUACAAGUUAACAUGGAUAAGUCCGACUUUGUUGCUAAAAACCAACCGCCAUUGGACCAAGCCUUUACAAAGCGUCGAUUCGAUGGAAAAGUUGCUUUGGUUGCCGGUGGUGCAUCGGGUAUAGGUUUAGCUUCAGUAGAAAGGUUUGCAAGCGACGGAGCAAGCGUUGCUAUUCUUGAUAUUAACCAGACUGCUGGAAAAGACGCUGAAGCUUAUUUGAAAGGUCUUGGAUACAAAGUAAAGUUCUAUUCAGUUGAUGUCGAGAAUCGAGAUGAAUGUUUUAAAGUAGCAGAGCAAGUGGCGAAGGACAACGAUAACAGGAUAGAUUCGGUCGUGAACAAUGCUGUUUACUUUGGUUCCAAGGCUUUGGAGGCGCGUAGAGAAGAUUACGAAAAAAGCUUUAGCGUCAAUGUAAUUGGAACGUCUAAUAUCGUUCAGGCUUGCGUACCAUUUAUGCCACCAGGUUCUGCGAUCGUCAAUAUAUCCAGCAUAACAGCCACCAGAGCCCAACCCUGCAGGUGGACGUAUGCAGCAACUAAGGGGGCAAUCAAAACGAUGACGAAGCAUAUGGCGCUCGAUUUAGCGAAAAAUGAAAUUCGCGUAAAUUCCGUUGGUCCUGGAUGGAUAUGGAGCCCAGAGAUGGCAAAAGCAUCGCCAGACGGAACUAUGGAAGCAAUGCGAUCCUCAGUCGAUAAAUUUCAAAUGGUGAAUAGAGUCGGGAAAACGAGCGAAGUAGCUUCAGUAAUAGUGUUUCUAUGCAGCAGAGAUGCCGCUUUUGUUACUGGAACAAGUUACAAGGUUGAUGGAGGUUACUGCGCUAUGGGGCCAGAGAGAACCGGAUCGAACGAGCUUUUUGCCACAACGAAGACUAAAUAAGUAAUAAGGGAAUUAUGGCCAAUUGAAUUAUACCCAAUAAAAUUCUUUAUAACGUGUUUUUUUUAAUGGGCGUAUUACGUUAAAAUUAAUUCACACACCUGUAGCUUCUUCAUUCUUGCAGUUGUUUAAAUUAACCAAUUAAAUUGCAUCAAUGAAAAAGUUCUUUCAAUACACUUGCCAAUAACUAUGGUGCAUUUUUUCAUGAGCACCAGAAACCUAGCCUAUGGACGUCACAUAUUCAUUGCCACUUCAAAGUCUAUUCUUAAGCACCAGACAUACGACAGCAACAGUAUCUAAACACCUGCGUCCACUGCCAACUGAUUAACAUAGAGCUAUCUUUGAUACACUACCCAGAACUUUAAUGUGUUCAACAAAAUUUCGGUUCUUUUUUCAGAAUAAUUUGGAAAGCUUGUUACUUUAUUAAAUGACAAAGAAUGGCAGUUGGGUAGAACUGUGGAAAAAAACCAAGAACCAGUAGAUUAUUGAUCCAUCUAUCUUAUGUAUGCUUAACAUUUUAUUUCCUGUUGUUUGGAUGAAAUGAAACUUGAAUUGAUGUUGGUUUGAGAAAAUAAACUCCUGCGGG